GUGAGGCAAAGGAACAUUUUUUUCGUGGCGAGGGGUAUAGAUGCCAAGUGGCCACUCCGGCGGUGUGGCACGCGAUUUGGUCGAAGGAUAUGUCCAAGUGUCCUGCACAUUUGGCUUCUGUCGUGCAGGCCUUGCAGAGUCUCCCUCUAGGUCAUCCCUCUUUUCAAUGGUCACCUCUUCGUUUUCCCGAUGACGUCGUUCCGCCGCCCCCGUCGACCGCUGCCCCCUCGCAAGUGGCGUCAUCUCCAUGUGCACCACUUGCUCCCCUCCCCCCUCGUCCGCUUCGUCAGACGAUUCUCGCAUCCAUUGAUGGCAGACCAUUUGUGGCAACGCAGCCUGAUGCGCAAGGCAUCGUGCCAGUUUCAGGUGUCGGGGAACCUGUGCCGUUCGACGAGCAAGGCACUCGUGCUUUCGUCGAGGGCGGUGGGUGGGGGAAGGACGCUGGCACAUCAUCAAGCCUCGCCCCGUUAUUCACUGGCAACAGGGACAAGGUCCCAAGAGUUCGACGCACAGACACACGUCCGGCCGUGAGAGGAGCACCCGCAACAGGACAUCAAUCCGCUGCGUAUCCAUGGUUCCCUCCCCCUCCUUCGCAAACACGACGGCCUACACCAGACUUAACUUCGGCACCUGUUGGCGAGGCCGCUGCAACGGCCACUGAGGGUGCGGGAAACGUCCAGCUCGACGAGCCCGUCCAGGUUUCGGAUUCGUCACCCACUCCUGUGCCCGUGAACGGCCCGACCUCGCAGCAUGGUGUUUUUGGGACACUGGAUCCUUUACAGAAUCUGCGCCACAUUGCAGCUCCGAGUCCAGGCCCCACCGCAUCACCUGCGGCCGGGGGCGGGGUGUGGGAUUCGCUAGGUAUGGGCGCCGGUGCACGAGUGAGGGGCACUUACAGACAGCAGGCGGUGACCUCGUAUUACAACGACCCGCUGGAGCACGCAUGGCACCUGCAGAUCAUGCGAUUCAUUGUCGAGAGCGGCAUGCUGUUCAACUGUGUGAAGCUUGAGAGCUUCAAACGCAUGUUGACGUUGAUCAUCCCGCCUGGGGUUCCAGGUGUCCCCACCCCAAAACCCCCAACGUAUCACAUGAUCCGUACCACACUUUUGGAUGAGCUUGAUGUGGAACUCCAAAAGCUUGGCUGCGAAGGUUCCCUUGACAUCAAGCUCGUCGACAUCACCGCUUUCGUCACAGACUCUGCCAGUUCGAACGUUUCUGCGAUGGAGGUGUUCCAAAAGGAUGAGAGUGUCAAGCACAUCUUCUGGAUUCCUUGUGUGGCACACGUCAUGGACCUCAUCCUUGAGGACAUCGGCGACAUUGACUGGGUGGCGACCCGCAUUGCUCAGGCGCGUUUGGUCACAAAGUUUUUCAAGCGUCAUAGCGACGCUCGCGAAGUUUUGCAAGCUUUCACGACGAAGGCUCUGCUGCUUCCCGCCGAGACUCGCUUCGGUAUGCAUAUGAUUAUGAUGCGACGACUUCUUCUGCUGCAAUCGCAUCUUAUGCAGGUGGUCGUUGAUGAUCGAUGGAAGGACACUGUUUUGUCAACGAAGAAGAUUCGAGACGACGCCACGGAGGUCACAGCAUGUGUCGGUUGUCCUCAAUGGUGGGAGGAUAUUAGAGCGUUGUGCAAGUUGUUGGAUCCCAUUAUGGACAUGCUGCAGAUGGUGCACAGCGACACGAGGCAAAUUGGCAAGAUUCUGCGUCAGUACGACGAGAUGAUCGUCCGUUGUUUGUCUGCAUGUGCCGCUUUGGAGAAGGACGAGCAGGACGCGCUGCUUGAAGUGUUUGACAGACGCCGCACCAUGUUCAAGUCGCCUGCUCAUGUUGCUGCCAUGAUGUUGGACCCCGAGUUUYGAGACCGCACGAUGCCAGAUGACGAGGAAAUGCAGCACGGUUUGAAACUCGCUCUGAUUCAGUUUGGRUACCCGGAACAUUCGGAUCAGCACACCGAGGUCCUCACUGCCAUUGACAAGUUCCAUUCCAGGGAGCCGCCGUUCGACGACGUGGCCAUGGACUGGGCGGCGAGGAGCUAUACCCAUCCAGCCUGUUUCUGGGAGUCGAAGGAGAAGAGGUUCCCGCACACGGCCUUCUUCGCUGGCAGGAUACUGCGUGUGUGGGCGACUGCGUCGCCUUGCGAGAGAGUUUGGUCCCGUUGGAGUUUCAUCCACUCCAAAUCUCGUAACAGAUUGGAGGUGGCGCGGGCCGAGAARCUCGUGCGAUGCCAUUGGAACCUUCGGCUCCUCGACAGGCAGGCUAUGUCGGACGAUGCUCCCAGUGACAGGCCACAUCCGUAUGGGAGCUGGGUGCACUACUGGCAGCAGGUGGAGGAGGAGGUGCCCACCGACCAGCAGCUUGUGGCAGACCGAGGAGCCCGCGUGACAGUCACGAAGGAGGAGUUGAYGCAGGCGAGAGAGAGGAUGCGCGUCGUGUCCCGCAUGGGAGCCACUCGUCGCUUGCGGGAGUCUGACAGGAGGAGGUGUCGUGGCGGCGGUCGCGGAGGUGGUCGUCGGGGCGGUCGCGGGGGAGGUGGGCGUGGAGGUCCUGGCGGGAGGCGUAGUGUCGCGAGUCGUGGAAGGGCAGUGGACGAGCUAGUACGCAAGCCUCGACAACGAUGGGAUGAGGGAGACUUUUUGUACGAGAGCUCGUCCAGCGAUGACGAGAAUUUCUUCGGGACUGGCAGACCUGCACAGGAUGGCGACAGCGAUUUCGACGACCGUCACCCGAACGUGGGCGACGACGAUGGCGCCAGUGGCGAUGAUCACGGURACGGAGGAGAUAGGCCAYSACCUGCACAUGGUGACACGAUGYGCGCCRAYGGGGCAGGGGGCGAGCACCGCACAGCAGUAGAUGACGCUCGAGAUGGAGUGCAUGAUGAUGGUUCACGAYYUGUCUCGGGCGGURACCKGAGGCGCUUGAAACGCGGACCAAGGGAAAAAGACACUAUCGCUUCACGUGUGCGCAAACGUCAUGGUAGGGUUGCUAGCAUUCCACUAUCACGAGUCCCCGCAACUGGGCAGAUUCCAGUUUCUGAGGACUCUUUCAGCGAUCACGGCGGCGAGGAGCGGAUCGAGCUGCAUGGCGGGAGCGGUCAUCCACGAGGUGACACUUCGAGUAUGCACGCGACAGCUCCGAUGGGGCCUUCCUCAGCAGUCCCAGAAUCGCAACAGGGUCCAGCACCGUUGAUGCGUCAUCCCGAGGUUCAGGGAGAGAUCARUCCUCUCCCGGCAGUGCGGGAYGAGGGUUCUGUCGGUGCACUGCAUCCACUCACGUCUGYCGGAGCGGCRRUCUCAGCUGCAGCGACCUCGGAUGUGGGACAACCACUGGCAGCGGCGGAGCAAGAAAGUCUACCCCAUGUGUCACYGCCCAAGCSACAACAGCCUGUUGUCAUGGAGCGUGGAUCGGACGGGUUUGACGUGGCAGGAGGCGAUAUCGCCGAUAUGAUUACGAGCCCAAUGGUGUCUGCMAYGCCCACAAUUUUUCGUGUUGGCAAACUACGCAAGGUGGCCCUUGGUUUGGCGGAGACGGCGACGCGACACCGCCGCGACGGUCAGCGCAGCAUCGCACAACGCAGUCUUUCUCAUUCGUUUGACGACGCAGAGGAAGGGUCUCCUGGUGGGCCAGUUGACACACUCGAAAGAGAAGCAAGACCCCCAAGUCCGCCGUCAAACUAAGUGCAUCAUCCGAUUGUCGCGGCUGUCAGCGCAGAUGCGGGCGUCCCUGUCACAAACAGUGGCGCAGACGCGACAGAACAGCUUGUGGUUGGGUCAUCGGYGACAGCACGGCGCGACAGAGCUUUUUCUUUCCUAUUUUUUUUUUCCCGCGGUAUUCGCCCUUUAUUCUGGUUCUUUAUGACAUUUGGAGUCGCUCCCGCUGGAGCACUCACUUUUUUCUUUCUCUUCUUUUUUUCCUGGCAUACGCAAGUAGUGGAUGAUUUACACGGGAAACUUUCACUACUUAAUCAAUUCUAGACAAAGUG